GGUGUACACUACAGCGCCGGUGUCCUACGGUCAAACGUAAAUAGACAGCAUUAUUAAAUAAACACCGCCUGUCAAUUAGUCUUUGACGCCAGUUUCUCUACAGUCGCUCGUGUUUUUAACGCCACUAUGAAGUACAUUCUUGUUACUGGUGGUGUAAUAUCUGGUAUCGGUAAGGGCAUCAUUGCCAGCAGCGUUGGAACAAUCCUCAAAUCUUGUGGCCUUCACGUCACAGCCAUCAAAAUUGAUCCUUAUAUCAAUAUUGAUGCUGGCACCUUUUCACCAUAUGAACAUGGCGAAGUUUUUGUUCUUGAUGAUGGUGGGGAGGUGGAUUUGGACUUGGGAAACUACGAGCGUUUCCUGGACAUCCGUCUGACCAGAGACAACAACCUCACGACAGGAAAGAUCUACCAGUCGGUAAUCAACAAGGAGAGGAGGGGAGACUACCUGGGCAAAACUGUGCAAGUGGUACCACACAUCACAGAUGCCAUCCAGGAGUGGGUGAUGAAGCAGGCCAGGAUCUCAGUCGAUGAUGACGGUGUGGAGCCUCAAGUUUGCGUCAUAGAGCUGGGAGGCACAGUGGGGGACAUUGAGAGCAUGCCCUUUAUUGAGGCCUUCAGACAGUUCCAGUUCAAGGUGAAGAGGGAGAACUUCUGCAACAUCCAUGUCAGCCUUAUACCACAGCCCAAUACCACAGGAGAGCAGAAAACCAAACCAACCCAAAACAGUGUGCGAGAGCUCAGAGGUCUGGGCUUGUCACCAGAUUUGAUUAUGUGCCGCUGUUCAACGCCCUUAGAAACAGCCGUAAAGGAGAAGAUCUCCAUGUUUUGUCAUGUGGAGCCCACACAGGUCAUCUGUGUCCAUGAUGUCCCUUCAGUCUACAGAGUGCCCCUGCUGCUGGAGAACCAGGGUGUUGUCAGCUACUUCUGUCAGCGGCUGAACCUGCCCAUCGAGAUGAGGCCAAGAAAGAUGCUCACAAAGUGGAAGGAGAUGGCUGACAGAUCUGACCGUCUCCUGGAGCAUGUUUCCAUUGCCCUAGUGGGGAAGUACACCAAGUUAUCAGACUCCUACACCUCAGUUAUCAAGGCUCUAGAACACUCAGCCCUUGCCAUUAAUCACAAACUAGAAGUCAAGUACAUAGACUCCGCAGACCUGGAGACGACCACUCUACAAGAUGAGCCAGUGAAAUAUCACGAGGCAUGGCAAAAACUCUGCAGUGCUCAUGGUGUGUUGGUGCCAGGAGGUUUCGGUGUGAGAGGGACAGAAGGAAAGAUGAUGGCUAUUAACUGGGCCAGGAAACAGAACAAGCCAUUUCUGGGGGUGUGUUUGGGCAUGCAGCUGGCAGUGUGCGAGUUCGCCCGCAAUGUUCUUGGAUGGGAAGAUGCCAACUCUACAGAAUUUAAUCCUGAAUCCAAACACCCAGUGGUGAUUGACAUGCCAGAGCACAACCCAGGGCAGAUGGGUGGCACUAUGAGGUUGGGGAAGAGGCGAACCAUUUUCAAAUCAACCUCCAGUGUACUGAGAAAACUGUAUGGAGAUGUGGAAUAUGUUGAAGAGAGGCACAGACACAGAUUUGAGGUGAACCCUGAGCUGAAGCACCACUUUGUAAAGAAGGGUCUUCAGUUUGUUGGCCAGGAUGUGGAAGGAGAAAGAAUGGAGGUCAUUGAAUUGGAGGAUCAUUGUUACUUUGUUGGAGUGCAGUAUCAUCCGGAGUUCACCUCCAGGCCCAUCAAACCUUCACCUCCAUACUUUGGAUUCCUGCUGGCUUCUGCAGGGAAACUCCAGAGCUACUUGGCCAAAGGCUGUCGGCUUUCUCCACGGGACACUUACAGUGACCGCAGUGGCAGCAGCUCUCCUGAAGCGGACAUCUCAGAGCUGAAGUUCCCUUCUUUGUGAUGAGCCUAAAGCACAAGUAGUUGUUGUGUUUGUGUCACUCAUGCGGAUAAAUGCAAGGUCUAGGAAGAAAAACGGGGCUGCUUGUUAACUGACUCAGAAAAUCCAAAAAAUGUUUAAAACGUUUUUAUGCUCUGAUUGGUACACUAUAUUGUUAAUAAUUUAAACUCUAAAUAUGUCAUGCCUUCAGUGAUUGUUAAAAGCUAAAGGGAGUGUCCUGUUAUCUCUGGAGCAUUAGACUUGAAGCUUGGGUAGGCAAUUUAUUUUAGGAGCAUUUCUUCUUGUAUUUGUUGAAAUUCUCUUCACAUCCUGACAGCAAUCAAUAAGUCAAAUGCUCUGACCAAAAAAAAAAAACCUGCCUAUCUGCGCACACUCGGCUUGGCCCGUAGUCUGCCUCCAAAACCUCCUCAGUCACCAGGCCGUUAGAGAGCUAGACCUGGACUCAGGGCUCAGAACUGAGCCCCACAGUGAUUAGCAGCAACAGGGUGCAGAGACAGUUUUGUAUCUGACCUGAAGUUGUAGUGAUGCAUAAAUAUCUACUGCUGCUUUUCACUUCUGGGAGUCGAGUUCAGCUCAUUGAAAGUCUCGAUUAUUUUCCCUCGCACUAUAGACAAUAGUCUGAUGAUCGCAUGCUGCUUUUCAUCUUUCAUCUGCUUUCUGUUGAAAAGCAGAUGAAAGAUGACUAUAUAUAUAUAUUUAUUUAUUUAUUUAUUUUACUUUUUCUCCUCCUGCUAUGCAUGCAGUCCCGUCACUUACUAUCCCACUGUUCGCCUGGCCUCCAAAGUUGCUGGUAUGUUUGUGAGAGUGAGUGAGUGCAGUAGUAAACUGUUAAACUGUGUUGCGUUCCUAUAUGAAGUGUGUACAUAUGCCCAUGUUCAUCUAAUGGGAAGGGAGAGCUGCGGAAAAACUGCCUACCCAAGCUUUAAUGCAAUAUGUAAAACCGGAAUAACGUGUUUAUGGGGGAAUUAAGGACAUUGUGGAAGACCUGUAAAGAAAACUUUUGUUAAAUGAAGAAAACAACAGGGUAAGAGGAUGAUAUUUACUUAUCAAUGCACAGUGUGCAUCUUAUCUUUAAGUUUAUGCCAAUUGGGCAGAAUUAUGAGAUGUACAGUAUAUUUUGCAGUUAAUGUAUAGAUAUAUAAAAAAAAAUAUUUGCAGUAUGAAUAGUAAUGUUGACAAGGUGGGUGAGUGACACAGGGUCUGUGCAAUCAGGUUUCUAAUUGGGACAUCCUGCCUACUAGUCUAAUGCUGAACACUAUGGAAAUCCUGAUAGGAAACUCCAUGUAGUUCUUUGAGACUUUUGUUGUCAAAAUGUUGACUGUAUAUCAUGACAGAAAUAUCAUUGGUACAUUUUACUGUCUACAAAUUAAUUUUAUGACAUUUAAGUGUGUUUAUAUUUAGGGCCCGAGCACUAAACAGUGUGAAGGCCCUAUUGUAUCUUUAAACUGGUUUCUCCUUUUAAGGUAUAAUACAAGCAUAUGUUUCAAAUAAUCUUGCAUUGCAUGCAUAUCCUCAUGAGCCUGAGAUAAGUCUGUCUGGUUUUUGUGACUGAGUUAUUUGUGAAGUUUUCUGUUAUAAUGUGCAUUGUUAAAGUUUUUGUCAGUGUCAUAAGGAUACCAGGUUUUAAGUUCUCCAGUAAAGUUAUUGCAAACUUGUACACUUUGCAAUGUUUCAAUAUCUGAAGUUUAUGUUAAGGUUUGAGGCCGUUUUACUUGCUGAGAUAAACAAUGACAGCUGAAAUACAGAAAUGGACCAAGCAAAUGUUUUUUGAACUUUGGGCCUUUUACUGACCUGAAACCUACUGAUGCAGUCAUCUGACAAUCUAACUUUAAGUGACACUUGAGUCAUCAGUAUUAACUGGAAAAGAAAGCUUGGCAUAUGAAAACUGAGUCACAAAACCAAAACAUAGACUUAAAUUUGAUCUCAAAACAUCAGCAGCGUCCAACUGUAGAUUAUAAGCAUCAAGCUUCCAUGUUACACUUCCACUAAGAGUCUGUGGUGUCAAAUGGAGUGACAGAGCUCAUAAAUCAGCCCAUUUAAUAAAUGCUUCUGUUUAUCUGUUGGUGUGAAUGUAGAACAAACAUGUCAUAUCUGUAUAUCUAUGUAGUUCAGAUGCAUGUGUGAUGUGUGUUUAUUCAGAAUAAAUCUAUUUUUAUUCCUCA